UAGACACAGAGAUGCAGUGCCACAGUGAGCGUGUCUGCGAGGCUGUCUGUAGCGCAAUUCUUCAUCCUCUCAUCAGGGACCAUGGUGUGUUAUGGAGCUACGAUGUCCAGAUUCACUGCAGGAGCAGGAAAUGCAGAUAGAAGUUCACCUUGAGCUUGAGUCCAACAGUGCCACUCUGGACCCUUGGGAUUACAACAAAUGCUCAUUGAUCCUGCAAGCAAGAAGAACAGAGAUUUGAUCAGAUCUGACAACCUGUGAAACUCUAACUUUUCUUGACUUAUACCAAAACAUCUGACAGAGAGGCUCUAAACGACCGAGCCAGGGUCAGAAUUCAAACAGGUUCUCGGUUUGGCAGAAACUUGGCCAGCUGUCUCCAGAACUGACAGCAUACAGAUCCAAGAUUGUGGCAUCCACAGGUCACACUGGAGCCCCGCAAAGCCACAACCAAGCAGGUCCUGCAGCCCAGGAGCCCUGGAGCCGGCCUGACCUUGGACCGGCUGUCACCAGAACCCCUCCUGGCACCAGCAGAAUCGUCCAGUAUGUCUCAGACCUCAGGACGGUUCCACAACAAAAAGGCCGGCAUACGGGCCGCAGUGAUCCUGAUCGGACUCCUGCACAAGUCUCGCAAAGCCAAGGAGAAGGAGAGGGAGAAAGAGGAGAGUGAAAGGAAACAGGAGCUGCUGAACAUCUCCAACGUCCCUCUGGGAGAAUGUCCCCCCUCACCACCCCGCACUGCACCACCCAGCAUGAAGUCUGCAGAGUUCUUCGAUAUGCUGGAGAGGAUGCAGGUCCCUAAAGCUGAAGAGACCAAAAAAUGGAAGGAUGACUAUAUCCCCUACCCACGGAUAGAAGAUGUCCUGGAGAAGGGUGGUCCAUACCCACAGGUAAUCCUGCCACAGUUUGGGGGUUACUGGAUUGAAGAUGUGGAGGCACCGGCAGGGACCCCCUCCUCCUCGGAGUCUAGUUUCUGUGAGGAGGAGGACAGAGAAGAGGGCAUGAGCCCGGGUGGGGGGCACAGUUAUCGCCUGGAGUGCAACAGCACAGCCCGCGCCUACCGCAAACACUUCCUAGGCAAGGAACACAUGAACUACUACUGCACUGGCAGCAGCAUAGGCAACCUCAUCAUGUCCCUCAAGCACGAGGACGCUGAGGGGCAGGAGUUCUUACGCAUCAUGCUCAGGUCGAGGACCAAAACAGUCCAUGACAGGAUCUCUUUAGCAGGCAUCAGCCAGCUGCCAAGUGUACCUCAGAUUGCCAAGCUUCUGUGUGACGAUGCCACGGGCCUAAAGUUCAAUCCAGUCCUGUAUCCUCGGGGGUCCCAGUUGAUAGUGGCUUAUGACGAACAUGAGGUGAACAACACCUUCAAAUUUGGAGUCAUCUACCAGAAGUUUGGACAGACAUCAGAGGAGGAGUUGUUUGGGAACAAUGAGGAGACGCCAGCAUUCAAGGAGUUUCUCAGUAUCCUGGGCGACAACAUUGAACUUCAGGACUUUAAAGGGUUCCGCGGUGGGCUGGAUGUGUCCCACGGACAGACAGGGUCUGAAUCUGUCUACACUGUCUUCAGACAGAGAGAGAUUAUGUUCCAUGUGUCGACCAAGCUUCCCUUCACUGAGGGAGACGUACAGCAGCUCCAGAGGAAAAGGCACAUAGGAAAUGACAUCGUGGCCGCAGUCUUUCAGGAAGAGUCCACACCGUUUGUUCCAGACAUGAUCGCAUCCAACUUCCUGCAUGCUUAUGUGCUGGUGCAGGUGGAGAACCCGUGUACAGAGCACACAACAUACAAGGUGUCUGUUACAGCGAGGGAGGAUGUUCCUCCUUUUGGACCCCCUCUCCCGAACCCAGCGGUCUUCAAGAAGGGUCCUGAGUUUCGAGACUUCCUGCUGACAAAGCUGAUCAAUGCUGAAAAUGCCUGCUACAAAUCCGACAAAUUCGCCAAACUAGAGGGGCGAACGCGAGCUGCGCUGCUGGACAACCUCCACGAUGAGCUGCACAGACAGAGCCAGGCCACGCUGGGUCUGGGCCAGGCGGGAGAGGAGGACAAGCUGGAGAAUGGAGGACAUGGGGGUCUGCUAGAGUCCUUCAAGAGAGCCAUGCGUGUCAGGAGCCACUCCAUGGAGACCAUGGUGGGCUCUCACCGUCACAGGAGCCCCGGGGUAGGGGGUGGGGUCCCAGCCAGCCUGAGCGGAGGGGGGCUGCCGCAGAGCACCAGUGAAUGCACAAAGAGCACCUUCACUCCUCCUGGUUUGUCAGCCAAGUCUCCUCUGAAGAGCCCAGUAAAACGGCGUUCAGGCCUCUUCCCUCGUCUCCACUCCAGCACAGAAUCCCCCUCGGACAGACACUCACGCAGUGACCAAAAGCCUGCGGAGAUCUGCCCACUGUCCCAAGAAGUGAGGUCAGAGACAUCAUCCAAUCCCAGCUCACCUGAGAUCUGCCCCAACAAAGAGAGGCCAUUUAUCAAGCUGAAGGAGUGCAGCAGCGGCAGGCCCAAUAUAUCUCGCUCUUCAUCCAGCACCAGCAGCUUCAGCAGCACCACGGGAGAAACAGAAGCUCUGGAAGACCUGGAGACAGUUAGCCACCCCUCUAUAGCUUCCUCGUCUGCCUUUAGCCCUUCCCUCAGUGUCGACAGCCAGGGAUCAGGUACCCCUGUCAUCAUGUGUCGCAGUCCAACAGAUGGGAAAAAUAAGACGUCACCGAGGUCAAACUUGAAGUUCCGCUUUGACAAAAUGAGCCACUCAUCCACAACUUCUGAGUAGCUUUGUGGACUGGGAAAAAACAGACUUGCACAACAGAGGGACAGCACGAGCUGAUGGAGCUGCAAAAAGAAAAAAAAAAAACACCACAUAUCACCGCAACAACCACAUAAUCCCUGUAGAACCACUUCCCUUAAGCCAAGGAUAAUCUGACAAAUGUUACCAUCUGCAACAGAGUCCCAAAGCACUAUAGACUAACUGAAAAUACUGUGAGUGUAUAGGGAGGAGAAACAUGUAGGAUUUCUUUUAAAUCAACCUUGAGCUACAGAAAUUAAUCAAUAUUACAAGUUGCUGCAUCUCAGUUGUUAAAAUUGUUCACAUAAUAUGAAAGUCCUGGCAUGGCUGUCAUACUGUGAGCGUGGGGCGAGCUAGACUCUGCCUGCAGCUUCUUCUCAAGCACCGUGUGUAAUAGAGAGAAUCAGUGGUCCGAACAAGUGGUAACAUGAGACUAUGGCCGAACUGUUACUCUUUAUCUAGUGAACUGCUGAGUGAUCCGUGGAAUGGAUGUCUUUAAGAAUUGUCACACAAGAUGUUUCUUUUGCCUUUGCCCUUCAAUGGUACGUCUGGCAACAGUUCGUCUUCUGCCUAAAAAAAGUACGCAGACACACACAAACAUACACAUGCACAGGAACUACAUGUACAACAGACUUACAGUAGCAAAACCUUGGAGGUGGUAACACUGGGAGUCUCAAUUUUCCACUGUAGGAUCUGAACUUGUUCUUUGCAUAUAAAAAUGCUUUUUUAGGGAAUAUGUGAUUUAAAAAAAAAGAAAAAAAAGAAAGAAAAGCUUUUGUAACCUUGCUAGCUGCUGCACUGUGUCUACUGCACUGUAAACACAACAUUGCUGACAUUCAGUCGAUACCUAUGACAGCAUUUCUCUAUCUGGAAGGGUUACUUCAAAUCCCUGAACUCAAGUGCUUGGUUAGUGGAAAUUAGCUCACAUGGGGCACAGUAGGAGACACUGCCAACACAUUUUGCCAUAAGCUUAUUUUAGCCAAAGCUGCGCCUUACAAUCUAUCUAAAAGCCCUUUUCACCACUGAUGCUCUCUUUCUUUCUCUAUCUCUCUCUGUCUCUGUCUCUCUGUCUGUCUCUGUCCCUCACUGUGUGAGAGGAUGAGAAUCUCCUGGAUCUGGUUACAGCACAGUUGUGGGUAGCCGACCAACACCCACAUUUGCUGAAAAUAGACGUUGCACUUACUGAAAACAUUUCACCCUCUGAUACCUCCCAUUGAAGCUUGCUAACUCGGUGUAUCUGUGUUUAUGUUUGGUGGAACUUAUGAACAGGAACGUCUCCAAGGUUUUUAAGUUUCCCAGCAUGUGAGCUGAUGGAGAUGACUUGAAAAAGAUGCUUCGGGUUAAAAUGAACCUUUGAACCACCUUUGGCAAAAACACUUUGAAUGUGAACUUGGAGCUUUUUUUUGUACUUUUGAUUUCAUGCUCUGUUAGUUGUUAUUACAAAGUCUCUUAGAAGUAAAUUGUAAAACCAGUUGCUUACAAGCACAACAGGACAAUAGGUCGACUCUAGUCCUCAACUAUACCAUAACAUUAGCCUGGAGCUGCACAAACUGGAGUUAGCAGGGCAAAGUGGGAGUGUGUUAAUCAAGAAAAGGCUUAAAGACGCACAGAUGUGUUUACUAUAUGACCAAACUGGUAGGUCCUUGGAAGAAUGUUUAUGUCCUCUUACUGUGUAGAGAACCAUUCCUGUUGCUGAAAUGAUGGCUUUAUGGUUCAUGAAGUUCUGUCACAUCAAAAACACACAAGGUUUAAAGGCUCAGGCCACCCAACUUACAAAAACCUUUGUAAUUUAGGUGAUCUUUAAAUUACCAGGAAACUGUUCUCCAGGAAGUUCCUUGAGUAGUACCUUUCUGAUAUAGCUAGAAAGCAAACUAGAAUCAGACGUGAUACCUAAUAAACACUGUUUUCAGUUAGCAGAGACCAGUGAUUACCUCGAGUAAAGGAAGCAGGAACAGAAAUCCUCCAGACGGAAGUGAGAAGUUCAGAUGUCAUUUAGUUUGUAGCAGGUCUCGCCUAAAUGCCCUGCAGCCUUUUCUCUGUUAAUAUGCUUAAUUUAUUAAAAAUAACUUCUUUUGCAUUGAUGUCAUGUAAAAAUGUACGUGCAGAGUAAGCUAAUUAAUAAGGUAAAAUGAUUAAAGGAAAUAUAUUAAUUUAAAAGAUGUCUAAACACGUAUAUGUAUAUUUGGUUAUGUAACGUGCCAUUGAGAAUUUAUUCUAAAAUAAAAUGUUGUAUUUUGUGUCA